ACAAAAAACGCUCAUUGUCAACUUAUUAUUAUAAAUAUUCUUGUAAAUUAAUUUCAUUGCUGACACUGCGUUUCGGGGUCAUCACCAUGUUGUGCCCCCUAUGCCCCAAAAGUCAAACUCCGCCUACGGUCAAUAGGUUAUGAAGUCUAUGUAUAAAUAUUCCUGUACGUUAAUUUUAUUGUUGACACUGCCUUUCGGGUUAUUCAACAUGUUGUGCCCCCCCCUGCCUAUGGUCUGGACAUACCUGAUUUCGUAAAACAAAAAAUUCCAAACCCACACUAAAGUAAAAUGUGUUCUCUUUCUCCCUCUCCCACACGCUAGUUAAACUUUUUCUUUGGAAGCCAUAAACACUCGGUGACGAAAACUUCCGUCACUUUAAGAUUUACCUUCGUUAGGUGUUAACUUUGUAGCCUGGGAGAUGAUUUUAAAAAAAAAAAAAAAAAAACUGAUGCGGUCAUGGGUUAAAAAUAGACCAUCACGUGACUUCACCUGAAGAGGUGCGGGGCGGGUGCGUGUGUGUAGUAAGUUGGAAGUUACCCAAAUUCAAAAACGGUGUUCGCAUCUUUCCAUUUCCUCGUGCCAUCGACACCAUAAAAACCAAGAGCAUGUCGGUCGCCGAACACACACAACAACCGGAGCGGGUCAAGAGAACAUGCAUGUAAUGGCACAGGUGCUGGUCGCAGUGGCCCUUCUGCUAGGGUCCGCGUGGACGGUGAACGUCAACCGCUGUUACGAGGAGUCAGAGUUGAGCAAAGCGGCCGACAGGAAGCUGGCCAGCCACUACCCGCAGCCAAAGGAGCCUCGGAUGGUGGUGGCGCAUGACAGCCCCUACGAGUGUCCCUUGGACCUAUACGUGAAUCACUGGAAUUUGGAAGACAGGUCCCUGUCUCCCUGGAGAUAUGUCCGAAGAACCAUGAAAGACCACUACCCGGACACUUACGUUGAAGCCCAGUGUCUGUGCUCCGGUUGCAUCAUGAUCAAGAACAAAGGGACCCCUGAGCUGAAUCACGACUACAACUCAGUUACAGUCAACCAGACCAGGGUGUUUCUCAAGAGGGAGCCGUGCAUUGACAGUGGGAUGUACUAUCUGAAACCUGUCUCUGUGGAGGUGUCGGUGGGCUGCACCUGCGCUGCACCCAGAAUCUACUCGUGAUGCCGCCAUGCGGCAAACGACGUAUAGGUCGGCUAUGAUUCCUGGAAUGUGGCGUCAUACAUGUUAAACAGAUAGGAGUUGACCUUACCUUUUUCUGUCAUAAUAUAUAGUCAGGCUUCAAAAGCUCAAAGUUGAAUGAACCUUUAUUUAUCUUUCAUAAUUAUUUAUUUAUUUAUUUAUUUAUUUAUUUCUCAUGUUUACCGUGCUAAAGCUCAUGUCUUAAAUGCACUGGGUAUUUCAAAAACACUUUUUUUUUUUGGAUGAGGAUAUUUAUAGUAUUUAAAAGUACCGUAUGUAAUGCUUAUUUGAGCUAUGCUUCAAGGUUUGGAUGAUUCAGGAGUGAAUGAAGAUCUGACAGUGGAAGCCAGUGGAUUUUUGUCUAUGCUAAUGUUGGGUUUGACUUUGUGUUGUCCCAUAGUGGGACUAGAUCCAGUCAACAGGACUUGUAGCUU